UAUUAUGUCACUUUUCGGGGCUUAUGUCAAAUUAAAAAGAAAGUCUUUCUGGGUGAUUAGGUAUGUCGAAAUCUCUUAAGAAGUAUUGAUUAUAAUGAUAUCUAGGGAAAUUUCACUUAUAGAGAUAAAAAAGAUGACAAAUAGAUCAAAGCAGAAUAUAAAUUGAAGAAUUGUAAAAUUAAAGAAUUAUUCACUAACAAUGGUUAAGCUAUAUAAAUUUUGCAUGGAGAUGAAACAAUUAAAAUAAUUACAUAAACUGAUUAAGACCAUAAAAGAUUUUUACAAUCUUUAAGUUAGAUAUAAUAUUAAUCUGAAUCAAAAUCAGACAUCUUAUUUUAGGAUUCAUUUCUUAAAUAACAAUAAUCCCCUUCUAUUUUUAUAUAAUAAUCAAAACCUCCAACUUUUCAACCUGAUUUAGAUUUUACAAGAUAAGAUUUUGGAGAAGAUGUAAAAAUCUUGGCUAAAUAAUUCAUAAACAAAUUUGAAUCUAAUAAAUCUAUUCUCAUUGAUAUAAGUGAUGGUGUAUUAAUUUAUAAAUAAGAACAAUUAGAAACAAUUACAGAAAAUAAAUAGAGUACAAUUAAUUAAUUAACUCUAAAAUGUCAAAACCUUAGUAUAUUAUAUUUAGUAGCUAUGUCUAUUCUAUUAUUUUUCUUAAUCUCAUUCAUCAUUUACUUUUUCUUAACUUUUAUUGAAAAUCAAGCAUACAUUCAUAGUAUUAUUCUUACUAUUAAUGUUAUCUUGCUUCCAUUUGUUUUUAGAGAUAAGUAACAAAAAAAAAAUAAAAUAAAUUCCUUUAUAACAAAAGGAAUAUGCUACAUGAACUUUGAUUACAAUGCUUUAGUUUAUUUAAUAACCAGAAAUGAUAUAAGAAAAGAAUGGAAUCCAAAUCUAUUAUCAUUUAAAGCAAACCAUCCUUUUCUAACUUUAAACUAUGUAAAUUCUGUUAUAGAAAAAUUUUAAUAAGCAGUUUUUGUUGAUGAAAAUUCCUUUUAUAUUGUUGAAUAUUAUCAAUAAUAAAUUCUAAGAAUAUUUGUAAUCAAAUAUCUUUUUGAAGAGGAAAAUAUUGAAAUUAAAUGCAUAGCUUCAAAUUCUCAAAUUCACAUUUUACCUUGUUUAAAAUAGUUUGUAAAACAAUAAAAGUUGAAUCCUAAAAGUUUUCUUUUUGAAUAUUAAACUUCUAAAACAUAAAUAGAUUAAGUUUCUGUAUUUUAAUCUGAAAUAAAUAAUAAGUCUCCUCAACAAAAAUAAUAUGAAGAACCAACCUCAGAAAUCAUAACAUCUCAAGUUUUACCAAUCUAAUAAAUUUAAACAAUACCAAUUUAAAUAAAUCCUCCUCUAUAAUCUUAUCCUCCUGAGUUUCAAAAAUAUUUUGAUAUUACAUAGUAGGCAAAAUAAUUAUUAGAGUCCAUUUAUCCUUUAAAUCCUCAAUGGUAGAUUUAAUCUGAAAAAUAAGGUUUUGUUAUUCAUACUAGAUAUGAUGAAAAUAGUGGAUAAACUAUGAGCAGAGGAGAAGGCAUAGUUCCUUAUUCAAUUGAAUAAAUUUAUGAUAUUAUUGAAAAAGUAGAAAAAAGAGGGGAUUACGAUUCUCUGUUUGAUUCUGUAAUUUUAAUUUUAAUAUUUUAGGGUUAUAUGCAUAAGAAACUUGAUUAAGACACAGGUAUAUUAUAUUAAAGAUUUAAAACUAUUAAAAUAGUGGUCAAGUCUAGAGAUUUUGUCUUAGUUUCAAGAGUUUUUAGAGAGGAAUCAAAAUGGAUUAUUGUUGCAAAGUCAAUUGAAUAUCCUGAAAUACCACCAAUUAAAGAAUCUGUUAGAGGGGAAUUAAAAAUUGCAGGAUGGGUUCUUUAAAAAACACCUUCAGGAACUAAAGCUUGUUUUAUCACUAUGGUAGAUCCUAAAGGAUCUAUUCCAGCUGCAAUUGUUGCUAGUUCAGCCAAAGAGUAGGGUUUAUGUGUAGAAAAAGUUAAAAAUCUAUUAGAUAAAAGGAAUAAAAAAUGAAGAUCAUAUUUCCUUAGAUAUCGC